AUGGCGACGCGCCGCAUCAUCAGCUCCGAGAAGACCAUUCUCGAAAAGGACGACCACCCGGAGGAAAAGUCCAAUAUCAGCCCCGUUGUCCCAACCCAUGUCAUAUUCAAGCUUCUCGGCUUCACUCUCGCCAUGAUUGUCGUUCCCAUCGGCUCCUAUUUCCUCACCGUCGAUACUCUUUUCAAGGGUAACUCAUCGUAUGCCGGAGGCCUGGCAGCGUUACUGGCCAAUGCCGUGCUCGUCGCCUACGUCAUUGUGGCCAUGAAGGAGGACCAGUCAGAACUGGAGGCUGCCUCCCGACCAGAGACUAAGAAGGAUCGUUGA